CAGCUAAUUUACGUGAUUAAUUAAUUUAAUAAUGUCUCGUUCUUCUUCUUUGACGACACGGUGGCGCCCCUCGCCGGAGCAGCUGGUGAUCCUCCAGGAGCUGUACGGAAGAGGGCUGAGCAACCCCAAAGCCGCCCAGAUCCGCAGCAUCACCGCCCACCUCGCCGCCUACGGCAAGAUUGAGGGCAAAAGCGUCUUUUACUGGUUCCAGAAUCGGAAGGCCAGAGACAGACAGAAGCUCAGAAAGAAGCAGCAGCAAUUGCACCAACAGUUUCACCAUUUUUGCUCUUAUCCUCAUCAUCACUGCACCAGUAGUAGUUACAGAACCAUUCCCCCUAAUUCGCAGCAGCAGGGUCAUGGAGGAGGAGGAAGAAGAAGAGGCUCAGAAGGAGAGGGACUUGUGAUGACGAUGGGACACGUGGUGGAUAUGCCAAAGAAUUGCUGGAUCAGAUCAAUUACGAACGGUCAUGAUCCAAUGGUGACUGCUCAAGUGGGCCCCAUCUUUAAUUCCUACAACCACAGACCUCUCGAAACCCUACAACUCUUUCCCCUCACUGCAGACCAUCACAAAUAAUAAAAUCACUUCUUCUUCUUCUUCACACACAUAUAUAUAUAUAUAUAUAU